AUGUACACAAUUCUACUUUCAAGAGUGCUUUUGGCCUCACUACUCUCGCAAAUCUCCUUGACGCUUGCCGCGGACCCAGUCCCAAACAUCAUUCCUGGAGAAACAAAUGAUCAUGGAAAGAUUGCUCGAUUCAAAAACAUUAUCGAGAACGAAGUCCAACAACCCACCGCUGAUAUAAUCCUCGACGGUGACGCAGCAUGGCGCGAACUAUUCAAAGGUGGCCAAAAGUGGGGAAACCUCACCAAUGGAUUCGGAGGAGGAGAACCCCUGAACGUCGUCUGCUCUCAAGAAUGUCGUGCUUGCGCUCAGGGUUGCAACCCCGCCUGUUGUUUGGUGGGAGGCUCCGUCAUCACCGUCAGACCAAGACCGGAGGAUGAGUCAGGUCGAAGAGGGAAUCGUCCCUCAGGAAGCCCAUCACGUCCAUCACGUCCAGUGAAGCCAUUACCACCUGGUAUUCCUAGACCAUUGCCCAAUCCCGAUGCGACAUGUCCAUGUCAUUGCGAGAAUACCUGUCCGGCUUGGAUUCAGGCGAUUUGCUGUUUCACACCAGAUUUCGCAGAUCCGGAGGAUUCUGCUUCUAUGGAGGCCGAGGCCGACAAAUUGGAAUUUCAACGCGUCGCCGCCGCCGUGGAACCCGAUAAUGAUUCACAGACUCCUCUGGUGCCAGCACCUCCUCGGCCACUCAUUCCUCGACUUCCAUGGGUGCCCGAGGCAUGUCCCUGUACAUGUGAAGCCAGCUGCCCAGCACACGUUCAAGCGAUCUGUUGUCUUACGGGAGGAUCGCUGAGUAGGAACAGACCUAGCGAGGACAACCUAGUACCUCCGGAGAAAGAAGACGAUCACACCACUGUUCCACCACCAUCACCAGUAAAUCCACACACCAUACCCCUCAUCGUCCAGACUAGCCCAACAUCCCCUUCACCAGACUCCCCAGUGACGAUUCUAUCCCUGGCGAACCUGACAAUCUUCCCCUCCUACAUCACCAUGGACAUCGUCGUCGGGCUGUCACGCACAUCCGAAAUCAAACCCAACGUCGCAGGUGACGGGGCAGAGAUCGCAUUGACAGUAUUAGUGGGGCCUGAUGGGCAAGAAAAGGCGUAUGAGCAGAGUUUCGUCGUCGUGGAUGGUUCUAACCUUGCAGAGAAGGAGGGUGUGGUGGUAGGUGUUGGAUUCUUGAGCCGUGUAGGUGCAUUAGAGUUGGCUUCUGGAUGGGGUGGAAAGGAGGAAAUCGUGGGCGUGCCGCUUUUGACGGGGACAAAGGUUGAGGAGGAGGGAGAGGGAAAAGGUGGAAAGGGUGAAUUUACCAACAAAAGAGUCAGAGAUGAGUUGUGA